AUAAUGGACUACACCAAACUACAGCUAGAGGCUAUAGGAGACAAGUGAACUCGGGAGGGGGAAGUGGAGUUUUCAGACCGAAGGAAGCAAAGAAACAGAAGAGGGGGGACGAAAAAGAGCUCAAAACGAUACAAAAAUCAGAGGAGGACGGUGGAUAAAGUGCUUUAAUUGACAGCGGAGUAAAAAGAAAAGAAAGAAAGACAGGAACGACCUCGCAGGAGAAAGGAAACCAAGAUGAUAACGCCGCAUUUCCUGGAAAAUUUCUGGGGUGAUAAAAAUAAUGGAUUCGAUGUCCUCUACCAUAACAUGAAACAUGGCCAUAUAUCCAGCAAGGAACUUGCAGACUUCAUUAGAGAAAGGGCUACAAUUGAGGAGACAUACUCCAGAGCAAUGACCAAACUGACCAAGACUGCUGGCAACUUCUCUCAGUUGGGGACAUUUGCUCCAGUAUGGGAUGUAUUUAAGGUGUCAACAGAAAAGCUGGCUGUCUGUCAUAUGGACCUGGUGCGCAAAUUGCAAGACCUCAUCAAGGAGGUGCAGAAAUAUGCAGAGGAACAAACCAAAGCCCAUAAGAAGACAAAGGAGGAAGUGGCACCCACGCUGGAGGCUGUUCAGAACAUCCAGAGUGUGUCUCAGGCAUUGCAAAAAAGUAAAGAAUACUACAACAGCAAGACUGUGGAACAGGAACGCAUGCGCAAAGAGGGUUCCACUCAGAGAGACCUUGAUAAGGCUGGGCUGAAGGUUAAGAAAGCCAGAGAAGCAUACAAGUCCUAUGUGGAGAAAUAUGCCAGCACAAAGACUGAAUUUGAGCAAAAAAUGGCCGAGACAGCACAGAAGUUUCAGGACAUUGAAGAAAGCCAUAUUGUGCAAAUGAAGGAGAUUAUCCAGUCAUAUUCUCACUUGAUUGAAGAGACACACAAACAGAUUGGAGAGGUGCAGAAAGAGUUUGUGAAUAACAUGGAGAACACGUCUGUGGAAGGUCUAUUACAGAAACUGGCCGAGAGCAAAGGGACCGGCAGAGAAAGGCCAGGGCACAUUGACUUUGAGGAAUGCAAUGUUUCUCUUACUACAGAAGGUGCUAAAUCUAGAAAGAGGAAGGCCUUUGCCAUUCCAGGGCGAAGAAAAGACAAGGAUACAGAUUCCACUGAAUCUACAGAAGUCGAAAAUACUAACACAGCCAAUGGAGCUCCCUCAGAUAUCUAUGGACCCAUAGAUUUUCAAAAUGCUAAUGUGCCUCAGGUGGAUGAAGAGGGUUUCUGUAUCAGACCGGAAUUCAGUGAAAACGAUACCAAAGAAAACAACUCUUCAUCCAGUGAUUCAGAUGAAGAAGAUGAGCGCAGAAAAUUUCAUGUGGAAAUCAAACCCGUGCAACCCAAUAGUGGCACACAGCAGCACAAAGCAACCAUUGACGAGCUGAAGGCUUCAAUUGGAAACAUAACCCUUUCCCCCUCUGCUACAGUCCACAUGAGGAGGAACCAGUCCAGUGAUGAGUUGGGAAGGUCCAGAACACAGCAAGCGUCAUAUACGGAUAGACUGACCAGCAAUGACCUGCUAUCUCUGGAUCCAUUUGGCCCCAAUCUCUCUGGUGCCACUUCCACUGUGUCCUCCUCUGCAGAUGAGCUUUUCAUUACCGUCCCCCCAUCUCCACCCAGAGCCAUGAGCACUUCUCCAAUCCUUCUCAAAAAUCCAGGGGAUGCUGUGACCCACAAUACUCCACUCAGCAAUCCAAACACUGGUAUCAAUCUACUUUCUUCCUGGACUCAGAACCAGUUGGUGGCUUUUGUGCCUUUUGGUGGGCUAACCUGUACUAACCAGGAAAGACCUCGGUCAGUGCCCAUUUACCAGCAUCCCAAACCCCCAACCAGCAAAGCUGCAGAUCCCUUUAUUAGCAUGGGCCAGAAGAAGGAAAGCCCCCUAUCUGGGAUGGAGGACCAUGCCAUGACACCCACAGCUGGCCAUAUGCAGGAUGUUCCUCCCUCUAACAGACCCACAACCCCUCUGGGUACAGCAGCAAUAGUUCCUCCUCCUCGACCCUUGUCCCGGCCCAAACUGCCUGCAGGCAAACUGACUGGCAUCAAUGAGAUUGCACGGCCCUUCAGCCCUUCUAUAGCAACCAGCUCUAGUCCUUUGCCUACUGCACCUCUAGCACGAGCCGAAAGCUCCUCCUCUCUGAGCUCUAGCACCUCACUGAGCGCGAGUAACACACCCACAAUCGAGGAUGAUGUGUUUGUGGCGAAACUGCCCACGUUUGAGAAGAGGUGUGAAACUCCAGCAGGGACAUCUCGUGGCCCCAGCCCAGUCACAUUAGCAUCCCAGGAUUCACUUCCCAUAGCUGUUGCUUUCACAGAGUCAGUUAAUGCCUACUUCAAAGGAGCUGAUCCCAACAAGUGCAUAGUGAAGAUCACAGGAGACAUGACACUUUCCUUUCCCAGUGGCAUCAUUAAGAUCUUUACAUCCAGUCACUCACCAGCUGUACUCAGCUUCAGACUCAGAAACACUAGCAAACUGGAGCAGAUUCUACCAAACCAGCAUCUUCUACAUAGUGACUCCUCCAAGAAUGACACAAACACUAAAGAUUUCUGGAUGAAUAUGCCUGCGCUGAUGGCAUAUCUCAGGAAGGCCUCAGAACAGAAUCCAACAUCAUCUUACUACAAUGUGGACAUCCUCAAAUACCAGGUGUGUUCUAAUGGGAUUCAGUCAACGCCGCUAAACCUGGCAGUGUACUGGAAGUGUGCACAAAACACUACAGACCUGCGGGUGGAUUACCACUACAACCCAGAGGCUAUGCAACCGCCUGGACCACUCUGCAGUGUUCAGGUCCUUGUACCUGUCAGCGGUUGCGUCACCAACAUGCACUCACUCCCCAGCGCCAUCUGGAAUCCAGACCAAAGUAAGUCAUUAUGGAAGCUGAAUGACAUCUCUGAGAAGUCUGAAAAUGAAGGUUCUGGCUCUCUGAGGGCAAAGUUUGAGCUCUCUGAUGGCCCAUCAAUCCCAGCCACUCUGGCUGUUCAGUUCUUUAGUGAGGGUAGUACUCUCUCUGGAGUAGAAAUGGAACUGGUCGGAUCUGGAUAUCGACUCUCCCUCAAUAAGAAGAGAUUAGUCUCUGGGCGAUAUAUGGCAGAUUGCUGAGAUGUCAAACCAGAGGCACAUUUGAUCAAACUAUUGAAAUAUUAAAGGAUUGCUUUUCUUUGUCAUUUUAUUCCAUCUUCUCUCUUCAUGGCGGAGGUUAAUGGAAGGUGAAACAAAAGGGCUGUCAUGCUGAUGGCUCCUCUUAUGCCUUUAAAUAUUCUCAUCAUUUUGAACUAUCCUUCCAUCAAACCAAAUGCACAUUUUUGUUGAAGAAAGAACUUUUUACUACACUUUUUUUUUAAACUCAUGUAGCACUGAGAAUCAAACACUGUCUAAAAAACUAAUAAAGAAAACCAAUAAGGAAUGUCCAAAUACUGAAGAAUAAGAAAAUGAAAAGUACUAAACUGAUAUUUUAGACUUUUAUAUAGUGUGUUUUCAUGUAUAGAUAAAUUUUUACAUAUAGAAAAUAUCCAUUUGUAUAGACGUUAAACUCUUAUUUGUAUAAACAUCUUUAAGUCCUGAUCAUUAAAAAAGAGGGUCAAGGAGGGACAAAAAUGCCUCAGGAAAUGUUGAACACUUACAUUCUGUCCAAAAAGCUACACCUCCAGGACAGGCCUUAGUUAGGCCAAAUUUUAUAGUUGCAUAAAAUCAGUGGAGCAUUAUUAAUUGUCCCCUGGAUUCUGCGUAAUCUAGACUUCACAUUCUAUUGGUGUACUUUUGACAAACAUGCCCUUAGGUAUUACCCACACAGUGGCUAAAAUUUCAUAUCUCUCAAUAGUUUUUAUUUCUCAAAGUAACUGUGCAAUGAAGGUAUAAGCUAUUAAAUGGAUCAGUAAUGUGAUGUAUGUUUAGUUUAUGUUUAGUUUAAUUUCAAUGUUAAGAAUUCUGGUCAGUUUUUUGAUAAAUUUCAACAAAAAAAAGAAAACCAAAAAUUUGGAAAACUGCCCUUAGUGCCUAUUUUCUAAACAAACUUGUUGAUUUCUUUCUCUACAAGCUUAUCUUUGUGCCAGUUCCUUUUUUUUUUUUUUUUUUUUUUUUUACUGGGACACUGAAGGGAAAGUACUCCUAAAUGAUAACUUUAAAUGAACCCCUUUCUUUAAAAAAGUGUUGGUAAUUCGGGGGGGGGGGCUAAAUGCUAAUAUGGUGUGGUGUAUUUUGAAUAUGGCGCCCCUUACAUAGGAUGUUUCCAGCUUUAAAGGUGACAUAUCCAAAACAGACAACUUUGUACAUUUUAAGAUUGAUUUCAAUCUCCCCACACAUUUUGAUCUUUAGUUUUGAAUUCCUAUCUUCUUCAUGGUCUCUGUGUUUUAAUAUUUUAUAAUAUACAGCAUAUGAUGUCUUGCCCUCAAAAUACAGAACUGAUGAGCUGAUUCCCUUUUAAGCAGAUGAAUGUGUUCUUGCUAAACUUUAUGUUUGGAUAUUUGCUGUAGUUGAGCAAUCCUCCUUGUAAUGAAUUACUAAAUGACUGGGCCCUAAAUGACCCAAAUAUUUCAGUAUACACAAAGGCACAGAGAAAUUACAGUGGAAAUUAUCGUGAAUUCCCCCCCCCCCCCCCCCCCCCAAUUUUUUUUCAUUAAUGAAUUAUUUUGAUAUAAUAAUACAGUAAUAUUUUACUAUAGCAUUAAAUUAUAUAUUAAUAUAGUACCAACAUUCCAGCAAUUUCAUUAUUUUCUACCAUUUUCUACUUGGAAUACCUGCUUGUUUCUUAUAGACACAGGGCAGUCUAGCUUAACUGUUGCAUGUCUAAGUAACUAACCAUUCAAAACUGCUAAACAGAAGUGCUUUAAGGGGCUAUACACAGUGUUUGUUUUUCUUUCCUUUUCUUUUUUCUUUUUUUAAAUAAUGGCCAAGUGCCUCAUAUUUUUCUCUUAAGGGUCAAUUAUCUUAAGGGCUACUUUAACCAGUGGGAAGAUGGAGAUAGACCCUAAAUAAUACAGUGGAAUGUUUGAUAUGUACUAAAACGUUAAAUGUGUAAUGUGUAAAUGUGUAACAUUCUAGGAAAGUUUUAGGUUUUAACAGCAAUAUAAUUUUCCACAGGAUCAAUUUUUAUGACGUAACUAAGCAGAGUUUUUAAAUUCCUAAUUUUUACUGUUUUAUUGGAAAUUUAUAAGAUGUAUGUAAUUGUAUUGAAAAAAUACUAAAAUGGCAUUGGGCAUUUAGUGUGGAGGCAGAUGUCAACCAGUGGACAUUAGAGUCAAAACUAAACUGUGUGACACUUUUUCUGUCCAGUAAAACUACAUGACAUAAAUGUCUAAUUGUGCAUUUUAGCAAGCUGGUUCUUGCUGCCUCUACAACCAUCAGAUAAAUGUGUGAAUUUUGAAUCUUCUCAAAUCUUGUCUCUUGCUCCUUUUGCUCUCAAGUUCAUGAAUGUGUUAAAUGGUCUGUGUAAAUGAUUUUUCACAAUAUUUUUACAAAUUUACCACUUUUUUUCUCAUGAUUUCAAUGUCUGUAAUAAAUGUGUAAUAUAUAAAUGUAUACAAAUAUAAAAAAAAAUAUCACAGUAGUUAUGUU